GCAUUUAUAGAAUUUCAUGUGACAGGUUGGGAAGGAAGGGGGCUAUUUUUGGCUUGUGAAAGCAGGCUCUCCAAGCACUCGCUGCCAGUGCUCGUGGUGCCAAGGGCGAUGGGCACAGCACCAUGACAAGUCGGGGGGAUUUUGCUGCGCCAGCAUGGCCCCAUCUCCGGCCUAGGCUGCUUGCAAGAUGGAAAACUUUGAGUACAGCAUCUGGCUGAAUGACCGGGACUGGGCUGAAUUCUACUUGGCCUCGGAGGAAUGCAGCUUGAUCCCCCCAGCCUUGGCCACAGCUGACGAGCCGCUUCUCAGUGACCUUGAGGAAGGGGAACUUGAGCCGAUCAGGUGGGGCGCUGUCCCGGCCCAUGACACAACCAACUGCCUCUCUCGCAGGGCCCCGGAUGCACACCUGCUCGCAGAAGACCUUUUGUCCGGCAGCGAGGACGAAACCGAUCUGGGCUCAGUCAGCAGAUUUCUGUGCCACGACAACACAUCCAACACCGUUCUGUCUUCCUGGACCCAAGGAAGUCCGCUCUCCAGUGUCACUUUGAAGCAUUUGGGACAUCAGCUUGGGAUGGCGACACCCACAGAAAAUGAAGGAGACUCAGAGAUGGGAAAUUUGCCCAAUAACUCUGACUGUUCCUCACCUAUCCAAGAACGCUUGGGGAAGGAGACAAUGGAAAGUCAGGAUGUCUCAGUAGGGAUGGAUGACACAGCAAGAGAAAAUGGACCUGAAACCAUCUCUUUGCAGUUGCAGACAUCUCAAAAUGAUGCCUUGCAAAUGUCCUCUGCUGAUAACCAAUUAUCAACAUCAACCAAUGUUGCUGAAAAUUCAGAGGAUGAGUUUCCUAUCAUCCAUCCAUGUUCUCCAGAUGUUUCUUCACCACUUCUCACAGAACCUGAAGGAACAACGGAUGCCGAGAAGAGCUCCAAGGAUCUUCAGAUUGUCUCGAUGGCACAGCCAACACCAUUCCAUGAAAACCUUUUCCAAGGCUACUCAGAUAUAGCGAACUGGGCAUCAGAGAGUCAUAUAGAAGGUCCUCAAGAAUGGGCAAGUAAUGUAGGAGAGGAUGCUCUAAACAGCAAAGGUGAGAAAGAAACUGAAUAUUGUGACAACUCAAAAGAAAGAGACCAAGUUGGCCAAGCGAGCAGCUCUCCGUAUAAUAAUGCGGCACUGUUUCCAGAAGGAUCAGAGGGAAGCAAGUAUAGAAGACCAACACAAGAACUUGAUGAAACAUUGGCUAGACGAAGAAAAAGUGGUGCUUCAACUAUAAAGGAUAAUGGCAGUGGUCUUGGCAUGGCUGAGUCAUUUGAAAAGGAAUCUCAUCCCACGAUUCAACGAGGUCAUGGUUCUGACUUCCGAAAAGAGUUUGAACCCUUUUGUCUGACUUCACAAGACUCUCCAGAAACCCAAGAAAGUACAGGAAACAUGUGGGACGGGAGGGAAAAGGAAGGACCGGUUUCAUAUCCCGCCACAGAGUUGCCCAGUAUGUAUGGUCCUGAAAUGUAUGAAUAUUUUUUCGACAAAAUGGAUGAAACUCAGAGGGACAAAGACACAACGCCAAAGCCGUUCCUCCUCUCCGGCCAUCAGUCGACUCCAUCUGAUGUCACAAACUCCGCGGAGGCUGGCGACGCCAUACAAAUCUCUAUUCCAGAAGUGUACGAAUAUUUUUUUGAUAACAGUGCAAAGGGAAAGAGAAAUUGGAGGGGGAUCCUCUUGAGUUUUCCGGCCUCUGAAGCACGAAAGGCUGCAAGAGCUUUAAAAGCUCUCAUAGGCAGACACAUGCGUCGUGUCAAACCCCAAACCAGAAACUAUGGGGAGCUGCUACGGAGAGGCUCCCAAGGAACAUUGGUGCUUUUUUCACCUGCACUCCUAACUGAAGCCCAGGCAAGACCAGAAGACCUACAUAUGGCUGUGAUGGAACCAGAAAGACCCCUCCAGCCGGUCCUCACCCAUCGGGACAUGUGUCUGGGCUUUGUGGCCUUUGCUUCGUGGGCUGUGAAGACCUCCGACUUGCAGGCUCCAGAUGCUUGGAAGAUUGUGUUGCUGGCAAACUUUGGCACCCUUUCGGCCAUCCGCUACUUCAGGAGGCAAGUCAUCAUAGAAGGACAACACGCAACGUAAGACACACAAGGCAAUCCCAGCCAUUCAGUGGUGGGUGAAUGGGGACGGUUUUGAAAGCACUGUCUCUGGAAGCACGGAAGCAGUACUCUUUGGUGUGAUGACGAAAGAGGAAAAGAUAUGAGAAUGAAUUCGAAGGGUCCCAAAGAAAUUACAUUUCUUUUCCAUCAUGGUUGAUGCCACACAGUCAAGGAGGCCUUGAGUCCAAAAGCAUCUCUCUAGUCUGAGAGUCUCUGUAGUCUGUUUCAACGAACUUCUAAACUUCUAAACAUACAUCUUCUACAGUCUUUCUAAAAUGGAGUCUGAGUCCUGAACAAGCCCAGAUCUGAUCACAUGGUUUGCAGCCCCUCCCACAACAAAGAGUUAAGGAAAACCGCACACCAAUACACACAUAUGCAAUACAUAAAAGGGUAAUGAAAUUUCGGCCUAGGACAAAACAACAAAACUAAAUGUCCCAGAAACACUAAACUUGGCAGCACAACCCCUCAUCCAUGCCUCUACGUUCAUACAACAAAAAGAAAAGAAAAAUGAAGUCCUAAUUAGAGGGAGAGGAAUAAUUGUUUUUAUCCCAUUGCUGCCAGUUAGAAGGCUAAGCUCCGCCCACUUGGUCUCCUAGCAACCCACUCAGCCCAGGGGACAGGCAGAGUUAGGCCUCACUUAGGCCUCUUCCACAGAUUAUCUAAUUUGCACUGGAUUAUAUGGCAGUGUAGACUCAAGGCCCUCCCACAUAGCUAUAUAACCCAUUUAUAAUCUUAUUUUUUUCUGCUUUGAACUGGAUUAUCUUGACUAUUUCCCAUACCACCAUACUUUGCCACAGCAACGCGUGGCCGGGCACAGCUAGUGUACAAUAUAAUAAACAAUCUGAAUUAUAUAUAUAACACAUAACUAGUAGAGGCUUGAAGAAGGUUGUUAUUUCCAUCAUGGUUGAUGCCACACAGUCAAGGAGGCACUGAGCUACAGUCCAAAGCAUCUCUUUGGUCUGAGAGUCUCUGUCGUCUGUUUCAACGAAAUUCUAAAUUGUACUGUUUCUACUGAAGUCUCUAAGCAUACAUCUUCUACAGUCUUUCUAAAAUGGAGUCUGAGUCCUGCACAAGCCCAGAUCUGGUCAUGGUUUUUGCAGCCCCUCCCACAACAAAGAGUUAAGGAAAACUGCACACCAAUACAUACAUAUACAAUACAGUAAGCAAACUGAAUUAUAUAUAUAACACAUAACUAGUAGAUGCUUGAAGAAGGUUGCUAUUUCCAUCAUGGUCGAUGCCACUGAGCUCCAAUCCAAAGUCCAAAGCAUCUCUUUGGUCUGAGAGUCUCUGUCGUCUGUUUCAACGAACUUCGAAAUUGUACGGUUUCUACUGAAAUCUCUAAGCAUACAUCGUCUACAGUCUUUCUAAAAUGGAGUCUGAGUCCUGAACAAGCCCAGAUCUGGUCGUGUGGUCUGCAGCCUCUCCCACAACAAAGAGUUAAAGAAAACUGCACACCAAUACACACAUAUACAAUACAGUAAGCAAUCUCAAUUAUAUACAUAACACAUAACUAGUAGAGACUUGAAGAAGGUUGGUAUUUCCAUCAUGGCCGAUGCCACAAGUUAAGGAAGCACUGAGCUCCAGUCCAAAGUCCAAAGCAUCUUUUUGUCAUCUGUUUCAACUAACUUCUAAAUUGUACUGUUUCUACUGAAGUCUCUAAGCAUACAUCUUCUACAGUCUUUCUAAAAUGGAGUCUGAGUCCUGAACAAGCCCAGAUCUGGCCAUGGUUUUUGCAGCCCCUCCCACAACAAAGAGUUAAGGAAAACUGCACACCAAUACACACAUAUACAAUACAGUAAGCAAUCUCAAUUAUAUACAUAACACAUAACUAGUAGAGACUUGAAGAAGGUUGGUAUUUCCAUCAUGGCCGAUGCCACAAGUUAAGGAAGCACUGAGCUCCAGUCCAAAGUCCAAAGCAUCUUUUUGUCAUCUGUUUCAACUAACUUCUAAAUUGUACUGUUUCUACUGAAGUCUCUAAGCAUACAUCUUCUACAGUCUUUCUAAAAUGGAGUCUGAGUCCUGAACAAGCCCAGAUCUGGUCAUGGUUUUUGCAGCCCCUCCCACAACAAAGAUUUAAGAAAAUUGCACACCAAUAUACACAUAUACAAUGCAGUAAGCAAUCCGAAUUAUAUACAUAACACAUAACAAGUAGAUGCCUGAAGAAGGUUGCUAUUUCCAACGUUUCCAUCAUGGUUGAUGCCACACAGUCAGGGAGGCAUUGAGCUCCAAGCCUCUCUUUUUUUUCUAUCAUGGCCAAGAACUUAUCUCCAACUCGAGGGAGAAGAUGGACUAUAAAUAAAUAAAUCAAGUAUGAUGUGAUAGGUAGUUAGAAAGCUGUGUGAUAGACCUGAUGGUUACAGGGUAAAACUGGAAGAUUUUACCCAAUUAUUACUUUUUAAAAAAGGAUGCAACAAGGAUUUGGAAGUGAGUUUCGUGGAGUUUUAGAAAUAGGGCAAAGCACUAGAAGGACAUCCUGACCGAACUGAACAGGUUACUUUCAACGACCAAGUGAAGAUAGGGGCAAGGAGGGCUGGAUUGCAAUCUAUCGGGGGUGAUUUGAUUGUGUUUUCCCUGCAUGGCAGGGGGUUGGACUAGAUGGCCCAUGUGGUUUCUUCCAACUAUUAUUCUAUGAGGAUGAGAGGUUAAUAUUGACAGCACCCAUAUGUUUAAAUGAACGCUUAGAAAAGAAGACCAAAGUGAAAUGAAUGAAUGUAUCAGUGGAGGACAGAAGCAUAAAAUGGAAGAGGAAGGUUUCAGAGUUGCUCCAAAUGGAAAUAAUCUGAACCAUUUAGACGACAUCUAGUCAGUUUCUAUACAAGAGUGAGCAAACAGACAUAUUUAUGUUUUGAAAUACUAGUACAUGUCGUUCUGGUCAUCCUUUCGACACAAAGUCCCAUCCUUCUCAGCAGAACUAUAUGAGAGCAUGAUUUUGACAGAGCACAUACGAGGGCUAUCCAGAAAGUAGGUUACGUUUUUGAUUUUAAAAAGGACAAAGUAUAGGAUAAAUCAUUUACCAUAUGCAGCUGAAAGACACAUCCCAAAACUACAAUCUCAUGUAAUCCCUAUUGAAAUUUAGCCACACUUCAUAUAGAUAAAUGAGUUUGAAAAGUACUGCCCCAGUAAAUUCCCUGCUUGUGUCCUCAGCUCUUCCCCCUUCUCCCUUCCUGCAGCAUAGCCAAAAGGCUGUGCUGCCAGCCACGCCCCCAUUGUUGGAAACGGAGAAGAGAGGUGGCAAAUUUACUGGAGCAGUACUUUUCAAACUCAUGUAUCUAUAUGAAACGUGCCUACAUUUCAAUGGGGAUUACACGAGAUUGUAGUAUUGGAAUGUGUCUUUCAGCUGCAUAUGGUAAAUGAUUUAUCCUAUACUUUGUCCUUUUUGAAAUCCAAAACGUAACCUACUUUCUGGAUAGCCCUCGUAGAUCCUUUCCAUAUAGUACAAACUUGACUAACUAAAACUGUUGGAUUUUUGGAUUGUUACUGUGGCAUGCAAGCGUUGUGAGGAACUCUUUGAGAUAUGCUCAAAUCCAUCAUUUUCUGCCUGGCGUUGCUAAAUAAAGUUUGCUCCCAGGAUGGGCAAGAAAACUCCUAUAGACACAAGCUUGUCUGAUGAAAAGUUCUCAAAAAGUUAACAUAGAAAGUCUGUUAGGUCAAUAAAAAUUACCACUUG